ACGCGGGAUGCCGGGGCAGCUCUUGUGAGUAUCCUCCGUGCGCACGACCCGCGGCAGCCCUGGCCACGGCGCCUGGAGCGGGCGAAGCUGCGGCCCCGUGCUCCUCCCGGUCCGGGGAGGCUCGCGCGGUGAGCGGGGUCGCGGGUGGGUCCUCGCCGGGGCUGGGCGCCCGGCCUCGGUCCCGGCCGCGGGAACAGCAGCAGCAGCCGGACGUCCGCACAUCCCGGGCCCGGGGCGCGUCCUGGGCGGCAGGCGGCUCUGCGCGGUAGCUAAGCCUCUCCGGCCGUCUGCCGGGGAGGGGGAGCCGGGGAGAGCAUCUGGGACAAGCUCUUUCCGCGCUCAGGCCACUUGGUCUGCAGCUGGACAUCACCCCAUCUCCCAGAAGAGCUGACCUGAGCCUCGGCGCGAGUGAUGGCUCCCGGCAGGUGCCCUUCUCAGCACCUGCAAGAUCGCCUGGAAGGUGUACGGGUGACAGUAACAGUGGGCCUCGGGUCAUGACUAUCCAAGGUAUGAUAAUCACAUGAGAGUACUCACUGCUACAGAUGUCCUUUGACUCACUAGGAAAAAAUCUGCUAAUAUUGUUAAUACAACCAGGCCCCUUUCCUCACUGAAUGGCUUGAUGGAGUUCCUCUAUCUUGAUUCAUACCAAAGCUAUCCUUCUCAACCAAAACAAGAAAGAAUCCUGCAUGAGUCAAUCCCAGAAUGCCAUUUUCACAUCACCAACAGGUGAAGAAAACCUCAUGAAUAUCAAUCAGAGAGACUCAGAGAGCAUCACUGAGGUCUGUUCCAGUGAAGAUCUCCCUGAAGUUGAGCUGGUGAGUCUGCUAGAAGAACAACUACCCCAGUAUAAACUAAGAGUAGACUCUCUCUUUCUAUAUGAAAAUCAAGACUGGUCUCGGACCCCACACCAGCAACAACAUGCAUCUGGUGCCCUCUCUCCCGUUCUUGCCGAAGAGACUUUCCGUUAUAUGAAAGUAGAGGAGACCACACAUUUUCUGGGCACAGACAGGGUGGAACAGAUGACCAAAACUUACAAUGACAUCGACAUGGUCACACAUCUUCUGGCAGAGAGAGAUCGUGAUCUGGAGCUAGCCGCUCGCAUUGGACAAGCUCUCCUAAAGCGAAACCAUGUCUUGUCUGAGCAGAAUGAAGCCUUGGAGGAGCAAUUGGGGCAAGCCUUUGAUCAAGUUAAUCAACUACAGCAUGAGCUAUCCAAGAAGGAUGAGUUACUCCGAAUUGUCUCUAUUGCUUCUGAAGAGAGUGAAACUGAUUCUAGCUGUUCUACACCUCUUCGGUUCAAUGAGUCUUUCAGCUUAUCUCAAGGUUUGCUUCAGUUGGACAUGCUGCAGGACAAGCUCAAGGAGCUGGAAGAAGAGAAUAUGGCUCUUCGCUCCAAGGCUUGUCACAUAAAGACAGAAACUAUUACCUAUGAAGAGAAAGAACAACAGCUUGUCCACGACUGUGUUAAAGAACUUCGUGAAACAAAUGCUCAGAUGUCCAAAUUGACUGAAGAAUUAUCUGGGAAGAGUGAUGAACUGCUUAGAUACCAAGAAGAGAUCUCCUCUCUCUUAUCUCAAAUUGUAGAUCUCCAGCACAAAAUUAAAGAACAUGUGAUUGAGAAGGAAGAGCUGAGACUCCAUCUACAAGCUUCCAAGGAUGCUCAGAGACAGCUGACAAUGGAGCUUCAUGAGUUACAAGACAGGAACGUGGAGUGUCUGGGAAUGUUGCACGAAUCCCAAGAAGAGAUCAAGGAGCUGCGCAGUAGAUGUGGGCCUGCCGCUUAUCUCUACUCUCCGUCUUUUGGAUCUUUCUCUGGGGAAUCUCUGGCAGCUGAGAUUGAGGGGACCAUGCGUAAAAAGUUGAGUUUGGAUGGGGAAUCUUCUUUCUUUAAGCAAAAAGCCCAGCAGAAACGUGUAUUUGAUACUGUCAAAGUUGCCAAUGACACAAGGGGCCGCUCCAUCCCAUUCUUAGCUCUGCAGCCCCUCCCAGGCUCUAACCGUUCAAGUGUCAUCAUGACAGCAAAGCCUUUCCCAUCUGAUUUACAGCAGACAGAGGACAAAGCACUCCUAACCCAGGGAGACAACCCACAGGUCGCAGGGAACACCCAGAAGGUGGGUCAGCCAGAACCCUUUGAAGAUAGUGAUUUGGCUGCAGCGCUCCAUCGCCUUAGUCUGCGGCGACAGAACUACUUAAGUGAGAAGCAGUUCUUUGCUGAAGAAUGGGAACGGAAGAUCCAAGUUUUGGCUGACCAGAAAGACGGGCUCAGUGGCUGUGACACCCCUGCAGAGAGCCUUGCCUCUCUCUGCACCCAUCAGUCAGAGAUCACAGACCUCAGCAGUGCUACUUGCCUUCGAGGGUUUAUGCCUGAGAAGUUGCAAAUUGUUAAACCCCUUGAAGGGUCACAAACUCUACACCACUGGCAGCAGCUUGCUCAGCCAAAUUUAGGAACCAUUCUAGAUCCACGACCAGGUGUCAUCACCAAGGGCUUUCCCCAACUGCCGCAGGAUGCCGUCUAUCACCUCUCAGAUUUAGAAGAGGAUGAUGGGCGAGGGAUCACUUUUCAGGUUCAGCAACCUCUUCAGGUGGAACAGAAACCUUCUGCAUCUAAGCCCGCAACUGGAAUCUUCCUCCCACCCAUCACUUCAACAGGUGGACCAGUUACAGCUGCUACUUCAAACCCGGGAAAGUGUCUGUCAGGUACCAACUCAACCUUCACCUUCACCACCUGUCGAAUACUGCACCCCUCUGACAUCACUCAGGUAACCCCCAGCUCUGGGUUUCCUUCCUUAUCCUGUGGAAGUAGUGGUAGCAGUUCAUCAGGCACAGCGGUAAAUUCUCCUGCCAUGCCCUACAGACUCAGCAUUGGCGAAUCCAUCACCAACCGACGUGAUUCCACUACAACUUUCAGUAGCACCAUGAGCCUUGCCAAACUUCUGCAAGAGCGAGGCAUCUCCGCCAAAGCAUACCAUGGUCUGGCGUCAGAGAAGUCCCUGCUCCCGCCUCCCCUGAAAGCCCUGGCCAUCCCUUCCACGCCACCAAACUCACCGUCUCACUCCCCUUGCCCUUCCCCUUUGUCCUUUGAGCCCCGGGUACAUAGCUCUGAAAAUUUUUUGGCCUCCCGACCAGCUGAAACAUUCCUCCAGGAGAUGUAUGGCUUGAGGCCCUCCCGAAACCCUCCUGACAUUGGCCGGUUGAAAAUGAACUUAGUGGACAGGCUGAAGAGGCUGGGGAUAGCCAGAGUGGUCAAGACACCUGAUGCCCAGGCUAGCGGCAGAAAGCAGGAGUCGAAAACUGGUCUCCAAAGGCCAGAUUCUGCCAUCUAUUUAAAUUCAGGUAGCAGUUUGCUGAGCGGACUGAGGAGGAAUCAGAGUCUUCCUGUGAUGAUGGGUAGCUUUAGCACCCCAGUUUGCACAUCUUCACCUAAAAUGGAGACCUUGCAGGAGAACUGAGGUCCAGCCGUUGACUGACCUCAUACAAAUUAGCACACGAGGGUUAGGCUUGCACUGAGACGAUAGUUUGGUAUGACUGAGAGAAAAAGAAUGUUGCAGAAAGGUUGUGGAAGUAGGAAAGGGAACAGGUGGAAUUAGGAGGAGGCUCUGAUGAAUGAGGUUUGGUGUAAAUAUAAAUGAAUGGGUCCUGAGUAGGGACAAAAAAGGAAGAUUUAGACUUACUUCAGUGUGUUUUCUUGUCUUGACUAGAAAACAAAUCCACUAGUAUUGGAACAUGCUAGAAAUACUGGACUUGCUGCACAAUGACCUCUAAAAACAUUAAUAAGGAGAGCCCGAGUGAGGAGAUGGACAAAGAGGAGGGGCAACUUUGACCAUUGCCAGUGGAGAGCUGCAGUGGAGGACUUGUGAGGGCAAGCUCAGUCUGUUACUGAGACGACGGUGAGAGGUCUUUAUAAAGUCUGCCCUUGUAAUAGCGGAUAAAAUCACAUAUUUACCAAGUGGCUCACUUGCCACAUUAGCAAACAAGGAGUUUUACUAUUUUCAUAACAUCAGGAGAAUGUUUCUAUUUGCAGUCCUUCGAGCCACUGGAAAUCCAAACACUAUCUGUACUCCUUUUGUAUUUGUGGUUUAUAAAAGUUUAUGCUUUUAACUUUGUAUUUUUAUACAGCAUCCUCUGCCCCUGCUCCCCCCCCCCAAAAAAAAAGAAAAAAACCCAGGUGGGUUUGAAGUUGGGAGGGGCUUACUUUAGCAGGAAAAUAUGGGUAAAUUGAAACCAGUUAAACUUGUUUUCAGAAUAUUUUGUCUGAAGUGCUGAGGCCUCAAGGAGUAUGAACUGAAUUGAUUGUCUUUCAAAUUUCCUUGGAGGUUCGAAGUUAAGCCAGAAGUGCAAUCAAUAGGGACUAGGGAACAUUGUGUAUUUAUAUAUGUAAAUAUUUUUUAAGGAAAGUCAGUUGCAACUAAACUUUUUUCCAAUGUGUGCUAUGCCUAUUUUAAUGAAAAAUGACUUGUAUUUGCACAAAAAUUCUCAGGCACAUAUUAAAUUAUUAUACGCUGAAAUAAAAUCCAGGCGCUUGCUUAAAAGUUGUGGGGUUUUUUGUUGUUUUGUUUUUUGUUUUGAGUAUAAGAUAAAAUUAAAACACAUCUGCCUUUUCUUUGAUACCUGCAGAAUUAAAGAAUUACCUACUGAAAGACAAAACUUUUUUUUUAGUAUGGUAUGUGAGAUGAUAUGGUGAAAACUUGAGAAUCAGGUCUCAGCAUCCAACAGCACAACAUAAAACUGGGUUGGAAAACAGUCAUCCGGCUGUGUAUACUGGUCAGGGUCUGCUGUCUGGGCAGGGUAGUUGGGAGAGUCGUGCCCUGUUACGAAGAUGCUGGAAGAGCCAGUUGUUUCAUUUUUGAAAAUGGAAGUUAUCUUACUCGACCCUCCUGGUGCUUUCCUUGCAAAUGCCUUCCUCCUUUAUUCUGACUUAACUGAAAGACAGUUUUCUGAAAAGUUCUCCACAAGUCUCCUGCCCCUUGUGGUUUCUGUCAGUCCACUUAUCCCCAGGUCAAAGGAGCCUCCUUCUCUGCUCUCAAGGUGUUUCCAGAAAGAUCUCUGUGCUCCAAAGAGUAAAAAAGAAAACUAACAAGAGAUACAAGUCUCCAUGCUCUUUAGAUUCUUUUCAUAAAACUUCUCUGAAAACAAAAGCAAAAGUGCCCUCUCCCCAGCACCUGGUGACACUGAAGUGAGCAGAGCAAACACGUCCAUGUUGAGCAUGGGUUCUAGCGGGGCCGUAGGUGUGGGUCAGUGUCGCUGGGUCUGUCAGGCAUGAAUCAGGAUCCCUGCAGCCUGGAUCCCUAACGUCCCAGUUCACUUUUUACAACUGGUGUUUGAAUCUCUACUUCAUAAUGUAACUUUGGGGUUCAACUACAGCCAGUUUAGUUUAGUUUUGUUUUUUGGAUUUUUCUUUUGCUUUUGUUCUCUAAGAAAGUGAUCUUGUUGCUAGUUUCAAGAAACAACAGGAAGUAGGAACAUGUAGGACCAGAGAAGAGUAAAGAGUAUUAAAUUACUAGGCUUCUGUAUAUUAUGUAAAUAAUUAUAAAUUAAACUAUUUUGAGGUGUUCUGUAGAAUUAGUACAAUUUUCUAUAGCAUCACUCUGGAGACAGCAGGAGGGCCUACUCACAACCAAAUAAGCACAUCUGUUCAAAGAGAACCACCAGAAUUAAGUUUAAAAAAAAAAAAGCUAUUGUUUCACCAGGAACAAUAAGUCUGUACUGGAACAUGCUUUCUCUUGAUAAAUUCUGUUUUAGAACUGGGUUUUGCUGGUUUUGAUAUUCUACCUGAAAUCAUCUUGGGUAUAGCCUGAGAAUCUACUGAAAUAAAAUUGUGUUUCUAGUAAGAACUGGAGCCUCACCGCAAGUUCCUCCUCUUGAAGACUUUACCACUAUCCAGAUUUGCUGUUUUGUAUAUGAACUGUGUGUGUACACUCAUGGCAGUAAAGGAAAAUCUAAUUGUGUACAGAUAUAUAGAUAUAGAUUUCUCCUUCGAAAAGAUUCUCAGUGACUAUACCUCAGGUGCCCUCCUAUCUCGUAGAAGUGAUACUGAAUGCAAAACGAAAACUUUUCCUAAACUAUGAAGACCUAACUCCUGUAAAUAGCCUUAGGCGUGGGUCUUAGAAGUUAAUAAUGAUUGUUAAAGUAGGUGUUUUUUUUGAAAAGCAAUUUUUUGUACCAAAUGUACUUCAUUUGAAUGAAUCAAGAGGUUUUCACUACGGGAGGAUAUAAGGUCAGAGACAGCUCAUGCGAACCUCUUCUCUAUGAAAGGCACAUCACACACAGUAUGCAAAGCCCUGUGUUUUUUCUGACCGUUCAAGUGCACCAUUCAUACUUAGUAGUUACCAACACUGACUUUUGGUAUCUAGACCCACAGCACAGCGAGUGAUCACUCCUCUGAGGGCAGACAAAUGCAGGCCUGCCAACUGCAUCUUAACUGUCUAUCCAAGAAGCUGUGUCACAGCACGGCAUCCUAGUGUGCUGGUGCCUUCUGAUCAGCACAGGGAAUGCUGUCAUUUGAUAUCUGGGCCUGGACUUUGUCAAACAACUCUUUGUGCACCUGCCUUGUCACAUGUAAAUCAGAUAAUAAACACGAGGAUCUUCUUAAAUUCUCA